CAACUUGCAGCCUGAUGCGUUGCGUGCUGAUACACGAGACUCGAGCAGGUCGAGAGACCUAUCCUGCUGUUCGACGCUUCCUAGCUCUCCCCGAUCCUACGCUCGCAUUGCGAUAAAACCGGACCUACGUUCUGUGCGCGUGUCCCCGGAGAAUAUGCGGACACUAUGAUGCGUCUUCUGAAGCACUUGCCAGGCGGCGGCUUCGGGCUAGUGUCUUUCAGCGACGACGACCCCCCUCCGUACGUCAUUUUUUCGCACACCUGGAUCGAGGGUCAGGAAGUCACGUACAAUGAGCUGGUGGCCGGUACAGGCAAGGAGAAGACUGGCUACGACAAGAUUCGCUUCUGCGGCGAACGAGCUGCAGAGGACGGCUUCGGGUACUUUUGGGUCGAUACUUGCUGUAUCAACAAGUCUACCAGCGAUGAGCUCAGUACAGCGAUCAACUCCAUGUUCCGCUGGUACCAGCGUGCAUCCAAGUGCUAUGUAUACUUGUCGGAUGUGUUCGUGCUGGACAAGGUCGCUGACGCUGAGGCUUCCUGGAUACCGUGGAACGGAGCCUUUCGACGGAGCCGAUGGUUCACGCGAGGCUGGACACUGCAAGAGCUGCUAGCGCCGCCGUGCGUCGAGUUCUUCUCCAAGGAGGGCAAGCAGCUGGGUAGUAGGAUAUCGUUGGAGCAGGAAAUCCACGAAAUCACCAAAAUUCCUAUCGGAGUUCUUAGAGGACAAAAUCUCGCUGAGUUCAGUGUUGAGGAGCGAAUGAGCUGGGCAGCACAACGUACGACGACGUUGAAGGAGGACAAAGUAUACUGUUUGCUGGGGAUCUUUGGCGUAUUCUUAUCGCUUAUAUAUGGAGAAGGGGAAGCAUAUGCCACGUUACGGCUGAGAGAGGAGAUACACAGGCGGCAGGAAGGGCAGAAAACAGAAAGGCUGCAUGACUUGUCCGUGUCAUCGGGGUUGCCUUUCCCAAGAAACGAACUAUUCGUUGGACGCAAAGACCAGCUUCGGACUCUCGAACAAUCCCUCCUUUCCCCCAAGACCCACCAACGCAUGACGAUAUAUGGACUGGGGGGCUCUGGGAAGUCAGCCCUUGCCCUUGAGUUUGCCUAUCGUGCACUCGCGAGAGAUGCUAAACGUCUGGUAUUCUGGGUGCCGGCUAUUAGCUAUGAGAGCUUUGAGUUUGCCUAUCGGGAGAUUGGAAUCCGCCUCUGCAUACCAGGAAUCAUGGACGACAACGCAGACAUCAAGAAGCUUGUCAAGGACACGUUAAGCUUAGGAAGCUUAGGCGACUGGCUGAUGAUUGUCGAUAAUGCUGACGAACCCGGAGUUUUGUUAGGUACCCUAGAUAACAACCUGAUGUCCGCUCGACUAAGCGACUGUCUCCCGCACAGCGUUAGAGGCACCAUCCUCUUCACCACUCGGAGCAGGAAGGCGGCCGAAGAUUUGACACCAAGCAGUGUCUUGGAGCUGGAUGAUAUGAGCAAAGCUGAAGCUAGGCAGCUGUUAGCGCGACGUUUGACAAAGCAAGCGCUGGUAAAUGACGAGAUGGCUGUUGACGAGCUGCUGGACACACUCACGUAUCUACCACUUGCUAUAGUGCAGGCAACCGCGUUCAUCAACAACAACGACAUGUCGGUAUCCGACUACAUAUCAUUGUUACAGCAUGCUGGUACAGAAUCUGAGCUCUUCAGCGAGCGCUUCAAAGACCCCAGCAGAUACGAAGAGAUGGACAGCACGAUCGCAAAGACGUGGCAUAUCUCUUUUGAUCAGAUACGCAAGCAAGACCCGCUUGCUGCAGAAUAUCUUUCGUUCAUGGCUUGCAUCGAUCGCAUUGACAUUCCCCAGUCGCUUUUACCUACUGGAGGCUCGUUGGUGCAGCAAGUGAAAGCGCUUGGGACACUGACAGGGUAUGCGUUCAUCACAGAGCGCCAACAGACGGUGCAAGAGUCCGGCGGAGAAAGGUUUUUUGAUAUGCACCGUUUGGUUCACAUGGCGUCUGUUUGGUGGUUGGAAGGACAUGGUGAGCGAGCAACCUGGGCGGGCACAGCAGUGGCCCGACUCAACGAGCUAGUGCCUUACGGCGGGCAUGAGAGGAAGGAAAUAUGGACGAUGUACCUCCCGCACGCCAUCUAUGUGGCUGGGCUUACCGGCACAGUGGACGAGACAGUAAGGGCUUCGCUUUUGGAUCGAGUGGGACGAUGUCAAGCAAGCCUCGGGCAAUAUUCAACAGCAGAAAGCACACACCGGCAAGGAUUGUGUUUGGUCGAGAAGGUGCUUGGGCCUGAGCAUCCAGACAUGCUAACGAGCAUGAGCAACUUGGCGCUUGUACUGGACAGCCAGGGCAACAUGAACAACUUGGCGCUUGUGCUAAACAGCCAGGGCAAGUACGAUGAGGCGGAAGCAAUGAAUAGGCAGGCACUGGCGCGGAUGGAGAAGGUGCUGGGGCGUGAGCAUCCCAACACGCUGUCGAGCAUGUACUGCCUUGCUUACCUGCUUGCGAAGCGACGUUGCUACGACGAAUCUCUUGCUCUGUACGAUGGAGUAUGCGCUGCGUACCACACCGUUCUUGGAGAGGACCAUCCAAUUACCCGCGCGUGUCGCCGACAUCGUUCCGAAACGCUUGCAUCGCAAGAGCAGUCUCGGGGGUUUCCCUCUCCAGCAACGCCAGACAACGGCGUACGCAUGCACACCGGCAAGAUCUCGAGGUUAUCACGCGGGCUGGCGAAGCUUAGGAUCAGAAACUCCAAACACGAUAGGAGAUAAGGGAGUAAUGUGUGGAUGUACCAAAACAAUACAACAUAAAGCAGACACAAACUUGCGACUGACUAUCAAC